AUGGAUAAAGAACCCAUUAAUGUCACUCCCAAAGAACCCUCUGAUGUUGCUCCCAAAGAGCCUGUACUGAGCAUCAGGAGGAUGUCGGGCAAAUCCUGUGAUCGCAAACACAAGCAGGCCACCAGAAACGUGAUGCACUUUUUGAUCAGUAGACAACUUGGAAAGCACAGAUACGACGUGGACCUGGCGCAGUGGCUGUGGAUGCUGACAUAA